CCUGCCAUCCCCGGCGAUCUGAAACGAGAUGCUUGCUCUGGGCACAGGCACUGUCGCCAUCGAUCCGAUGGCCCGGGCGUCGUCUGCACGCCAUUUUUCUCGGAUAGGUUGUCGCUAAGCGCCAGUUGAUCUCAUACCGACGGAAACGCCGACUUGCCAUGUUCAAGCCCAAGCACCAAGCGGGCGCUGUCGUCGAGCAGCAUGUCUCGAGCAAGCAGCGUCGGUUUUCUGCAAUCACCUCCGUCAGGGAGCUCACGUUUCUCCUGCUUGGCGAGACCGGCGUCGGCAAAUCGACCCUCAUCAACGCCCUGGCCAACUAUCUCAUCUUCGAAAACCUCGACGACAUCGAGCCCGACAAGGCCCUGUCCCUCAUCCCAACAAAGUUCUAUCUCUACGACCCUGAGCAGGUCAGCCAAGAGAUUGCCAUCACAUCCAAAGCGUCACUGCUGGACAAGCUGCGGGAUCACUCAUCGCGCAACAACGAGAAACAUGCUGUCGGUCAGUCGUCCACUCAGCACCCACGAACAUAUGUGUUUGAUGCACGUUUGCUCAACGGGGAGCCUGUCAGGGUCAAGCUGAUCGACACUCCAGGGAUGGGCGAUACUCGCGGCGUCGAACAGGACAAGAGCAACAUGGACCUCAUAAUCAAGUACAUUGUCAACUACCCCCAGAUCAACGCCAUACUGUUCUUGCUCAAGCCCAACAACAGCCGCCUGACGGUCUGGUUCCGGCUCUGUAUCAAGGAACUCCUCAAGAAUCUGCACCGUGACAGCGCCCGCAAUAUCAUGUUCAUGUUCACGAAUGCCCGGAGCACACUGUAUCGUCCGGGCGACACCAUGGUAUCUCUUAGCGCCCUGCUGGACGUCGUCCAGCAGGAUACGGGUGUCCACGUCCCGCUCGACAACUCCAACAUCUUCAUGGUUGACAACGAGGCGUAUCGCUUUCUCCUUGCUCGAGACAAGGUCCAGUUUGCAGCGGAAGAUGUUGCUGCCUUUCGCAACUCGUGGCGGCGCUCAUCGACAACAUGCCAGAGCCUGCUGAACGCAGCUGCCAGCAUUCCGUUCCAUGCGACCAACCAGACGAUCAAUCUGUAUGAAGUUCGGAGAGCCGUCUUGGCGCUGUGCCAGCCACUGGCCAAUAUCGCCGCCGACAUUGCCUCGACCAAGAGAGCCGUGGACGACCAGACGGCGGCUUUAAACUCUCUGCGGACUGCCGUCGUGGAUCUCGAAAAGACCCUGACUGUCACAGUGCCAGUCGCAGUCAAGCAUCAACUGUCCACCCUGAUUGUUGUUUGCACCCACUCCGACUGUGUCAAGCAUGUCGAGGAUGAGCACGGAAAUACCCUGGUCGACUAUGUGGUUCGAUGCCAGCAACGAUGCCACUUGUUUCACGUUCCACUGAAUCGUGUCGGCGAUCCACACUUUGCCGAUCUCCCAGUGAUGGAAAACCAUCGCUGCAAAAAGUGCCAGCACGAGUACAACUUCCACAUGAUGACCAACAGCGAAGUGCGGUACGAGCCGCGACCUAUCCUGAGCCAACACGCCAGGAACCAAAUCGCAGCUGAAGCAAUUAAGGUUCAUCAAGCCCAGAACGCCAUCAAGAGUCUGCAUAAUAUCCUGGACGACCUCUCGAGACUGGAGCAGAGAAUCAUUUCGAUCGGAUCACGCCUUGCAGAUUACAUUCGUCACAACAGCAUCGUGCUCUAUAACGACGCCCUUCUCGACUAUCUGGAUCACCUCAUCAAUGAUGCCAAGGAUGCGGGGCCGCCUGGGCUUGACGGAAGCUUGCAGAGCAAGACCAAGGGUCUCGAGAGAAUCAGGCGACUGCAUGAAGGCGAGAAGAGGCUGCUGACCGAGAACCAUGCGACAGGCGGCAGCGGCCCAAGCGAACGAGAUAUAAUUGCAGUCUUUGGUGAGCUGGAGAGCCUCAGAAACGAAGGCGGUGUCUUCCAGGCCUUUGAGCUCGAGGCACCGCUCCGGAGUUUCCGCAUCGGAGUGUAUAGUUUAUUCGGAUAGAAGGGUUGGUCCCGAUCGGGAGGUUUCGGCCUCAUAUUGUUCACACACGUUGUGACGAGAUAGACUGCGAGCUAUGAAAUAUGUGGCAAGAUGCUAGGGAAACACGAUGAAGACCGCUUUGAAACGAGUUGAGGCAGAUUCCAAAAAUGGAUCGAGUGGAGAACAAAGGAGUGUGAG